UCGUGCAAGAUCACUUCCGGUUGAAACUGAGCAGAGAAGCUCCAUUCUCGCAGCACCUCUGGCGGACUGCUGAGAUUUAGGGAGGAAAAAAAAGACGAAGAAGAUUAGCACUAAUAGCAUCAGCAGUGGAGGAGGUGUUCCUGGGCUGUGGUACGGAAGACAGAGGGAUAUUAAAGGCCUCUGGUAGCUCCGCUGUUCCCUUGGCAACAAUUUUCUGACUCAGCAAUGGCCAACAUGACAACUGAGCUGCCUACAAACAUCAAUAUCAAGGAGCCCCGUUGGGAUCAGGGAACGUUUUUAGGCAGAGCUAAACACUUCUUUACUGUCACCGACCCCCGAAACAUCCUUUUAUCCAAUGAACAGCUGGAAAGUGCCAGGAAAAUAAUACAUGAAUACAGGCAAGGAAUAGUGUCUCCAGGCCUGACCGAAGAUGAGCUCUGGAGAGCAAAGUACAUCUACGACUCUGCGUUCCACCCAGAUACUGGGGAAAAGAUGAUCCUGAUUGGUCGAAUGUCUGCCCAGGUGCCGAUGAACAUGACCAUCACAGGAUGUAUGAUGACGUUCUAUAAGACCACUCCAGCAGUGGUGUUCUGGCAGUGGAUUAACCAGUCCUUUAACGCAAUAGUCAAUUACACCAACAGAAGCGGGGACGCCCCCAUCACUGUGAGUCAGCUUGGUGCGGCCUAUGUAUCAGCCACUACGGGGGCAGUUGCAACAGCUUUAGGACUUAAUGCACUAACAAAGCGUGUUUCACCACUUAUAGGGCGGUUUGUUCCCUUUGCUGCUGUAGCUGCUGCGAACUGUAUCAAUAUUCCACUCAUGAGGCAAAGGGAGCUGAAGUACGGCAUUCCAGUCACAGAUGAGAAUGAUAACAGGUUAGGAGAAUCACCUAAAGCUGCACAGCAGGCCAUCACACAGGUGGUUGUGUCUCGAAUCCUCAUGGCAGCUCCAGGAAUGGCUAUCCCCCCUUUUAUUAUGAAUACUUUGGAAAAGAAAGCAUUCUUAAAGAGAUUUCCGUGGAUGAGUGCUCCCAUCCAGGUUGGGCUGGUAGGAUUCUGUUUGGUAUUCGCCACUCCCUUGUGCUGCGCACUGUUCCCGCAAAAGAGCUCCAUGUCUGCAAGCCGGCUGGAACCUGAACUACAGGAAAAAAUCAGAGAAAGAGGCUUAGAGGUGGAGAGAGUUUACUUCAACAAAGGACUGUAAUAACAAAGAUAACAACUCAUCUCAGUGCACUGCACAAGAAUGCAGUUCGGUGUGAAUCCUCAUUUUGUGUGCCAAAGUUUUGUUUCCCCAUCAGUGUUUUUGCCAAGUCUUACAACAGACAUUUUAACUCAUUUUCCUAAGAUCCUCUUACAUAUCACUCUUGUCCUGGUUUUCAACCACAUCCAGGUUAAGAAGGUGCUUAUUUUAGUUAUUUUUCUUUAUUUUUAUCCACCUACAGUAUUUUAAUGUUGUAUCAGUUUUUGUUCUUAAUUUGUGUUUUACCAAAAUGUGUGUGAUGAAUAAUGGAGUCCCUAUCAGGGUGUAAAAAGGGGCCUGCUUUGUUGUUUUAAAUACAGUUGCAGUUUCAGAUCAUAAUGCAUCUCCAUUAUUGAACACUUCUCCAAAAUUAGAAGUUGCCAGAAAUGUGAAGUUUUUUUCAGUAAUUUGACAGCUUUAUAUUUGUAGGUGAAUUUGUUGGUAAAAUAUACUUUACAAGAACCUACAAGAAUACAUCUGUUUUUGCCUAAACUUUAUGAUAGUGGUAAACUCUAUUUCACAUGAAAUCUUUUUAUGAUUUUAUGAUGAAUUUAGCCGAGCAAGUUUUACCUUUGUUAAAUACUUAAAACUAUCUUCAUAAUAUUGUGCAUACUGAGCAUAACAACCUUAAUACCCAAUACUUGCUACAGUGUCUCAUUUAGUGUUGAAUUUACAGUUUUAAUUUGAACUGCUGACCAGCAAAAAAAAAGUGCAGAAUGCAGAGAUAAAACCUGAAAAAAAUUAUGGUGGUUUGGAAUUUUAGUCACAUUCAGCAAUAAAAGCUUUUCAACAGGAAUGGCUUGCAUAAUGUCAUAACCACAUGUGUGUGAGUACAAAGCCAGAAGAGUUGAUUAAAACACUUCUUGUGGUCUCAGUUGGUUAGUAAAAGCAAAAAGUCUUCUAUAGGGGAGUACGACCGAAAUAUGAACAGCUCUAAGUGAACUUAAGUGUCGUGCCAGCAUCUGUCCAGCAAAGCAUAAUUUUGCUCUUUCUUUUGAGCAGAAGUACAGUGUGUUGUUGAUACUAUGUUAAAAGACUGAAGAACAGAAGGAAUAAGUAAACCUCAACCGUAUAGUAAUUGUAAUUUUAAAUAAGGAAUAAAUAUACCUUUAUGAAUUCCCAUCUAGAGAUGAUACAAUGUUACAUUGUAAACCUCAAUUUUUAGAUUACGAUUAUAUCUACAGUAUAUGUAUAUGUACUUUAGCCACAAUGUGAGCCCCCAUACAUGUAGCGCUAUACUCAUUUGUGAUCAGCUGGCAAGGUUCAGACACAAUAAUUGAGUCUGACAGCCUAGACUGGGCUGAAUAAACAAUUCAAAUCAUGUGAGGACACUGGAAAGAUGACAACCACUGCAGAAUAAACCCCCUUAGAUUUCAUCUUGGCUGAUGUACAGUAGUUGUAGAGGAAUGUACAGUAUCUGCCUCACUCAGUUACUGCAUAUUGACAGAAUUAAAGAUGAACCCUUUAAAAAAAUCUAGCAGGAUCACUAAUACUGUAUCAAGAAUAUAACUUUAAUUUCUUACAUUUGGGCAGAAGGAGAUGCAAUAGUUUUAUGCAUCACAACCAACAUCUAUACCAAUAAUAACUAAAAAAAAACCUACGUAAGAGUUUAAUUUUGUAGUUGUGCACAUUUCGUUGAGUUCUCAUUGACAUCUUUGUCUACAUUUUAAAAGAUUCUGUGACCGUGUUAAGAUAUAUAAGCAUAUAAGUUUUAAUGGUGAUUGUAUAGUAUAUAGAUAGAAAGUAUGAUUAGGUGUUUCGAAAGAUAGGUGUUCAAAUAGUUAAAAUUGUUUUAAGUUUCCUCUGACAAAUCUGGCUGACAAAGAGGUUGUGGCAAAGAUAGAAAGCUUGCACACUGAUGAGGCUUUUUCACAAUGCUAAUGAUCUUAGGCUGUUUUUUUUUUUUCAGAAUGUGAGAAAUUAUCACCAUUGCCAUCUUAACACCAGCCUCAUUUUGAUAGUUCCUAUAAUUGAACCCAAUUUGGAAAUGCUUUGCACAGGUGUGAUGCCACCACUGCUGAAGUCAGUGUUGUCAGUUGUGGCAGAAUAACACCACACCUAAACACACUAAACAGCAAACUCCCUGUCCUAUUAUUUGUUCAACCACAAAGCGUUAAUUAAAAUUGACUUAAAUCAUCACAUCUGGAGUAAGAACACCCUGGGUCUCUUGGAAGCAGUAAUGUCCACUCAGAUAAUACAAGGCGAAUAUGUGGCAAGAGACAAAGGUACUAGCUGAAGCACAACGGUUUGGUUUUAAUGCAGAACUUUCAUAUGUUCUAGGUUUCUUACCUUCUGUAUUGAACAACUCUGAUAGGCUGAUGGUCUUAACUACAUAGAACUACACUGUUCUCAUGAUCAAAUGGUUAGUGUAAUACAAGGGUCUAGCAAAUUACACAACAAGAAACUGCUUUUUUCUUACCAAGGUGUGCAAUAACAGAUACCAAUCUUUUUAAAAUGAAUUGUGUUAUGAAAAUAUGGUUUACAGUAAUUUAAACAUUUUAAUUGAAAUAAAAAGUUUGUCUAUAAAGAAAUGUCUUGAUUGUGUUUCAGAAUAAACGGAGGUGUUGUGUUGUGUAGAUUACCUGGAUGAAAUAAAUGAUAAAUUCCCGACCUAGA